AUGACGGCAGAUAUCAAAACAUUUUGUCAACAGUGCCAAAGAUGUCAGAGAUCGAAUGCAAGUAAUAAGCCGCAGGUUGCCACCCUUCACCCUGUUCCUGUGAAAGGACUGUUUCACAGGUGGGGGAUUGAUCUUGUAGGACCCUUGAAGGAGACCUCCGACGGAAAGCUUUACGUCAUCGUCGCAACAGAGUAUCUUGACAAGAUGGGUCGAGCUGGUAAACCCGUCGACCUAGAAUACCAGGUAGACGAUGCAACAUGUGAUGUGGACAUGGAUGAUGUCGACACCAGAAUGAAGCAGCUGGCAGACCUGACCAAGCAUCGUGACACCGCCCAGGACAACAUAUCAGAUGCCCAGAAGAAACAAAAGAAACGAUACGACAUUAAGCACAGAGGAUCCAUAUUUGAGAUUGGCGAUCACGUGGCGAUAGUCAACCGUCGACGAGAUACCAGGAAGGGAGACAAACUCGCACCACGAUUCAAGGGGCCAUAUACAGUGACGCAAACUUUAGGGAAAGGACUCUACGUAUUGAAGAAGGGUGAUGCCGUGCUGAAAACCAAAUACAAUGCCGUGAAUCUUAAGAGGUGGAACAAACCUGAAAGUGCAACAAAAUCUGUCAGGACAGAAGAGCUGCCACAAAGGUCGUCGAAAUGGGUACCAAAAUUUAAACUGAACGAGAGUGAUCGAUGCGACAUUCUCAACGGUGCAUGGUUGAGCGACAGAGUGAUUGAUGCUUGCCAUAUGCUCAUCACAGAGUCUACUGGUAUUCAAAAUCAGUCUACACUACUGAAGCAGACGGCAUUCAAGCCAAUGGAUACCACUGUGCAAAUCUUACAUGACCAUGAUCACUGGGUGACUGUUUCUGGGAGUAAGGAUGGAAUUCAAUUCGCUGACAGCAUUCCAUCUCAUCCCAUUACUGACAACAUAAAACGGUAA